AGAGCCUUUACAAAUGCAAAUGCCUUCAACCACAUAUUCAGGAUUAUUGUCAAGUUCAUCAGGUAGUAUUCCUAUUUAUGGUAACCAAGCAAAUGCUUCAACAGGUUUUCAAACUUCAUCUUCAGUGGUGAGGGCUAAUGGGUCCAACAGCAGACUUUUAUCAGGGGUAGAAUUUGGUAGGAAUACUAGGGAUGGCAUGAAUACAUCUGGACUUAGGAUCUCAAGCACCAUCUUGACCACAAUUGGCAAUCAUUCGGCCUCUGGAACCUAUAGAGAAGGAAACGGUGCUGGUGAUUCUUCACGCUCUUGCAUAACAUCUGCUGCUAAUACAGGAAGAGAUCAUGAUAAAAGUUCUGUCCAGUCAAGAGGUUCAGUAUUAAAUGGAAAUUAUGGCACUGAAUCAGUGGAGUCCACUGACGACUCCUUGCAUGAAUUGGAACAGGGUGUGGAAGCAUGUGCUAUGGUGGAAAGAGUGCCUAGAGGAAGAGAAGAGAGAGAAAAGUUUGGCCAAGAAAUUAAAAGAAAAAUGCAUGAAAUACGAGCAAAAAGAGCACACGAAGAGAGAGAAAGACAUGCAAGGGAGCUAGAGGAAGCCAGAAGACGGCCUCAACAGCAGGAACCAGUUACUGGACAGUCUUUGUGGCUUUGUCAGCAUUACCAACGUUGUUGUAGAGUUUGUUUCCCUUGCUGUAAGAACUUCUAUUCCUGCCAUCAUUGUCAUAACAAUUCCAUGGAAUGUGACAAGGAAGCUAGAGCAAGUCAUGCUACUCACCUUAAGUGCAGCUAUUGUCAUUAUGAACAAAAGGUGAUGAAAGGUUUUUAAUUAUAUUGUAAGUUGUCAUUAUAAGACAUUGCUUUAUUUUUGACUGAGAGUGGUAGAAAACAUACAGAGAGGAGAUUCAUGUCCCUUUUUCUGGUAAUCUUUUAAAAUUAUUUUGGUGAGUUAUUAAUUACAAUAUGCUCUCCACUGUUGGAAACUCACUUUUUUCAAAGUCACUACUUGAAAACCUAUGUAAAAUCUCAAAAUGGUUACUAAACAGUGUUGUACAUGCACAUGUUUACACAAUUUCAGUUGUCAUUAAAAAAAAUUGAGCAAAAUAAAUCUCACUGCAAAGUUAGAGACCAAAUAUUUUCUGUUUUCUGUGGCAACCACACUGGCCAUGGGUUGGAGCACUGUUCUGUCUGAUAAAUGAGGCAAUCUUAAUGUUAAGAACUUUGUGAUCAUAAUUCUCAUUGACUUGGUCUGUGAGACUCAUGAUUUUCCAAAUCAUUUCCUUUCAGAUUGGUGAAGACAGUGCCAAGUGUCGUAGGUGUGGAAGAGAGAUGUCAGCAUACUUCUGCGCAAUUUGUAAACACUUCAUGAGCAUCGACAAUAAUCCAUACCAUUGUGAGAAAUGUGGAAUUUGCCGGUAACUGACCUGACAAAGUUUUCAGUGAAUGAAAAACGUUGGUGUUGUGUUUUUCACAGCUUUUUAUGUUAAGAAGCCACAUAAGCUUUUUCAAGGGUUCAAAGUUCAUCUUUUUGGCAACCUACAGAUGUAGAACCAUAGAAUGGUCACCAGAAAGUAAACACUUAUUUGCCUAAAUCUCUCUUUUUUUUUCUCAAUCCUACCUCAUAGCCAGCUUUACAAAUUUGAUUUUUCUACCACUUAAAGCAGGGUAUUGAUCUUAUUAUGCCAUGUUUUCUUGUAGGCAAAAUAAAGACGCAUUAUUUCACUGUGAUGUGUGCAAUGUCUGUUUCAACAAAUACUCUCAAGGAAAGCACAAGUGCAGGGGAGACUCUGGCCAUGAUGAAUGUGGUAUCUGUUUGGAGGUGAGCUGGUAAACUUCAAAAUACUUAACCAUUGG